UCGCAAUGGCAACUAUCCCGACAGGACUGCGGUCACAACUUUUUCCCUCUUUGUAAUGUUACGGAGGCGUUAUAAGUCGCUGAAGAAACUACUUUCUAAUGUGAGAACAAAACGCUACACAAGUCUUCCGGCCCGAAAAUGUCCCGGGGAUGUACAGUUUCUGUGGAAGAGAUCCAGUCCUGGUGGGAAGUCCCCGCCAUAGCCCACUUCUGCUCGCUGUUCAGGACCGCGUUCAACCUUCCCGACUUUGAAAUAGAGGAACUGGAGAAAGCCUUGUCUGAACAGGAUUUCGACUUCCUCGGAGACCUUAUUGCCUGUCUUUUGCAGGGAUGCUAUCAGCGCACCGACAUCACCCCCCAGGCCUUCAGCAGUUACCUGGACGACAUCAUCAGCUACCGCUGGGAGCUGGAGGAAGGGAAGCCCAACCCACUCCACGAGGGGCCCUUUGAGAAUCUGCCACCCCGCACGCAGGUGGAGCUGCUGCACCGACUCUGUGACUACCGUCUGGAUGCCGCCGAUGUCUUUGACCUGCUGAAGGGUCUGGAUGCUGACAGCUUGAGGGUAGAACCUCUGGGGCAAGACGGAAAUGGUGCCCUCUACUGGUACUUUUACGGCACUCGCAUGUACAAAGAGGAGCCGAGCCACAGAAGAAGGCUCAGUGGGGAAACAUCUGACCUGACAUUACGAGAGAAAAAGAGAAGAGGAAGACCACCAAAGAAGAGGAAGUAUGAAGACCCUCAGCUGAGUGAGGUAGAAAGUGAAGUAACUGAUGGAAAUACAGAAAAUGGACAUGAAGACCUUUCCCCAAGCACAAUUUCCUCCCCCUCAGACUCUGCGACCGAAUGUUGCUCGGCUCUGUCUCCGCCGAGCCGUCAGCGAGGCGCUUGGUCCCUGGUGUGCGAUACCGAGGAGCAGUGGGUCAGUCUGGCAGAAAGCAUCAAGGACAAAACCUCCCCGCAGGACCGCCACCUCUACCGUGUCAUCAGCCAGAACUUCCUGCCGGAGAUCAGCAGCAUGAUCGAGCACAAGGAGCGUGAGCAGAAACAGAAGUUACUGGAUCCAGCUCCAGUGCGCAUGUCCCAACGAUUCUCUGAGCAUCACGUUAGACAUGAUGAUGAGGAACAUCUCAAGGCUUUAACAGAGGAGGAGAAGAGGAAAGAUGAAGAGCUCGACAGGCAGGUUCUGUUGGCCGAGCAGCGACGAGAAGAAGAAAGGCUGCUGCAGGAAGAGCGGCAGAGAGAGAAGAUGGAGAAAAUCAAAGCUGUGGAAGAACGAGCAAAGAGGCGGAAGAUGAGAGAGGAGAAAGCCUGGUUGUUGUCACAAGGAAAAGACCUUCCACCCGAACUCAUGAAUCUAGAGCCUUCUUCUCCUGUACACCGAACACGAAAGAACAAAGAAUUUUAUGAAAUUGAUGACGACUACACUGCUCUAUAUAAAGUGCUCGAGGCCCUCAAGUCCCAUAAAGAUGCUUGGCCUUUCUUGGAGCCUGUUGACGACUCGUAUGCCCCCAAUUACCACGAGAUCAUCCAGACUCCCAUGGAUCUGUCCACCAUCGAGAAGAAGCUCAAUGACGGGGAUUAUAUCACCAAGGAGGAAUUUGUCAGUGACGUGAAGCUCAUGUUUGAAAACUGCAUGGAAUAUAAUGGAGAAGACAGUGAGUACACUAUCAUGGCAGAGUCUCUGGAACGAUGCUUUAGCCGAGCCCUUUUGAAACAUUUUCCAUCUGAGGAUGGCGAUACAGACGAGGAGUUCCACGUCAGCAAAGAAGACAAGGAGCGCAAGGACAAAAAGCGCAAUCGUGGCAAUAAACAUUUGGGACCUGAAAGUCUGAUGAGGGCGACUGAGCAAGUUCAGCGCAAGAGAAACUCUCAGGGGGGCAAGGGCACAGUACUCUCAGAGGAAGAGGACAGCAAGCUGACACGGCCACCUCCCCCGCCCCACUGGGCUAACGGCCCCCCUUACCCCCACGGCCUGCCGACAAGACAGCAACCCAUCCACGACGGGGACCUCAGAGGCAUGUACCACCCAAGACAACAGCUUUGUCGUCCUCCUGGUCCUCAUGGGCCACAUAUGUACGGCCAAAGAAUGCCCAUGGAUCCCCGCUUUGCCUACCAGGUUCGCAUUCCCAGACAUGGAGACCCCAACUUCAACCACAUGCCUAGCAAUUUCAAUAUGCAGCAUCGCAUGAUUGAAGGGCAUCACAUGGGCCCCAGAUACCCAUUAGGCCCAGAUCCUAAUCAGCAACAUCCUCAACAGCACCCUUACAUGGGCCCAACUCAUGGCCCGUCCUUGGGCCCACGUCCAAUGGGUCUCCAGCCUGGGCCUCCUCACGAAGCCAGCAUGUACCCAACCCACCACCGUCCAGAGGGCCACACCAUGAAUCCCAUGGGGAAUCGAUUCUCAGGGCCAGAAGGACCACCUCAGCACAACCACCCAGCCUUAAGGCCUCCUGGUAUGAACAUGUGGACUAGCAUGAAUCACCAAGGCAUGGAAAGGCCCAACGGCAUGCACAUGCAGGAUCCUAACAUGGUCAACCAACGCAGCUUUAACUAUGGUGGAAUACCUCCUCCGGCAGGCCAUAAACCAUGGCCGGAAGCUGCUGGAUACCCCCACCACCCUCCCAAUGCUCAAUAUCAAAUGUCUGCAGCAGCCAGCUCCCAGACACCCAUGUCCUCCCGUCCCCCAGUGCCUCAUCCCGACUCCUCUGGCAGGACACGCUUGGCUUCCAUGCUAGAAAGCCCAGAGAUGCUGGCCCUGCAGCAGCUGUCAGCCUCCUCUGGACCCCCUGCUGGUGCCCCUCAUCAGCACAUCGGCAACUUUCAGCAGCCCGGACCCCCAUCAGGAAUUGGCAGCAUCCCAGCUCACCCCUCACAACAGCCCCCCUCUGCCCCUGAGGUUCAGCUGCUCCGUCCUGCUAGAGACAAAGGGCCAGACAGCCAGCCUUCCCAACAGACAGACUUGCACCCCAAAGGUGCAACUUCAGAGAACAAGAUGGCUGCCAGUAACAUUUCUGAAGAAUCUUCUGCACAAAAAAGCAUUUUUCCAGUUAACCGUGAGCACCCACCUAUCCAGAGCCCCACAGGACAUUUCAAUGGGCGAGAAGAUAAACUGCGGUCCCCCCCAGACUCUGUAAGCCUUCCACAGGAAACUCCCUCCGAACCUUGGCUAGCACAAGCCGGGAGCCACAAACAGGAGAGGGAUCCAUGUCUGACUCGGUGCAGCAGCACCAACACCGUUUCACCAAACGUCAGCACGGGUGACAGCAGCUCAGCUGUUGCGUCUCCACCAAACCCAGUUCAGCAUACACCAACCAGUCCACAGCAAAACACGCAGAGUCCUGCAGUUGAUUCUCAAAACUUGACACCACAUGGAGCAUCUCAGAGUUCAAGUCAGCGCAAGUCAGAAAUCAGCCUAAACGACAUGCAGAAUGCGCAACAGCAAGAUGAACCCCAGCAAAACAUCCCAAAACAGGAACACUCUCAGGCCGUUAUUGCACCUCCUCAAAGCCUCCCUCAGAGCUUUCCACAGCCACUGACCCAAAACAAACAGCUGCUACCGUCUCAUCAUGCCCCCCAAAACACUUUGCCCCAAUGCCCCACCCAGAACAGCCCCAGUCAUGGGAUGCCACCAAGUGCAAUCCAAGGCACCCAGCCCGGACGCCCUCAGCCAGCCCCUCUCACUUCUUUGCCACCUAGUCACCCGACCCCGCUAUUACCCUCCCAGCCUAGCCCAGCAGACCAUGGAGAUCAGCGGCCAAGUGAGCCCCCAAGUAGGCCAGACACAAAGGGAUCUGCCAUUUCUCCACAGCAAACCAUGAUGACAUCUGGGCCACCAAGUAAUGCUUAUAAACAUCCGUCUUUUAGCCCUAAUCAUCAUCAAACCCAACUGAUGGGCAGUAACAUGGGUGUGCAGCCCCAGAGAGCAUUACAACAUGGUCAAAAUCCCGCCAUGCCCCCUCAUUCCCAAGGCCACAUCAAUGGAGCGAUGGGUCCUCAUGGAAUGGGAAACCCUCCACAUCCACACUACAAUCAGGCAAGCAUGGGCAGGCCCGUGCCUCCAUCGGCUCAACACUCGUACAACAACCAGGCCAUCAGUGUCCUCCACAAUCCUGCUCACCAGCCCACCUACCACCAGCAGGGAGGGGCUGCGUACUCUUACCACAUGACGGGUCAACAGCACCCUCAGGCCCACGGCAAUAUGUACCCACCCCAUCAGUACCAGCAGCAGACCUACUAUCCUCAGCCUCACCACCAAGCUCAGGCUCACAACCAAGCCAAUGGUCAAGGGGCUUACCCUCCAGAGAACUGGCACCGGCCUCAUUAUCAGCCUCAGCCAAUGCCACCCAGUGCCUACCCAGCAGCAGCGGGUGCCAGGGCCAACGGUCAAUCAAAGGAAAGCAGUAUGUCACCGCUGGGCUCGGAAGGCUCCAGUAGCGCCAGUUUGGUUUCCCCUGGCCCCAUGCAGGAAGUCGGAGCUCAUUCUGGAGGCACAGAGGACGGGAAGUCUGACAGCAGGGAGCAGGGGAGCAGUCAGGCAAGGCAGACUCAAAAUGACAGCUCAGAGCGACCUGACAGCCCCAAAGAAAUCCUGGACCUGGACAGCCAUAACGCUGCUGCCCGCCAUCGCAGCAACCAGCCGCUUCAACAGCGACAUCCCUCUGCUGCACAUAUGCAUUCUGGCCUGAUGUACGACCCUCGAGCUUUGCACCCAGGCAUGCAGCAAGGUGGUGUCCCUCCACCACCCAUGAUGUCUCAGAAUCGGGGGGUUGGGAGUUCCCAGCCGUACCCGGGCCAGGGAUACCCAGACCCAGGGCGCUACGUAGCCCAAAGACCUCACCCACACCUGAUGGAGGCUCUGCAGCGACCCCAGCAGCUGCCCUACUCCCCGGGGCAAACACGCAUGGCCAUGUACAGACACCCAAGACCCGGGUGGCACUUCCAGGGCAUGAUGAUCCAGCAAGGAGGCCUUGGAUCAGAGCGCUUAUUACAUCCAGGGCAGCAGAUGAUGGCCACUCCAGGUGGUCCUGGCAGUAAGAAAGGAUUGUAACCUUCUAUAAAAGAACUUUACCAUCAAGAAACGCCUGGAGAAAGUAAUGAGCCAGGUGCAUUUGUGAAUGCGGGGCUACACAGAGUCACACUAUUCUUACACUGGAGUCCAUCCAAACUGCUGGCAUUACUCAUAUUAGUAUAAUGUGAAAUGUUAUUGAGCCCUGGAGAACAGUUCUCUGCCAGCGUCCCGCCGCCACCACAGAGCUCAAAGUGGCCAAUCACAGAAAAGCUCUGUGAAGCUGGCAGAGGUUGAACGUCUUGCUCUGACAUCUCAGUCCAGCUGCUGCUCCCCAACUCGAACGUUUGAGCUUUGAUCCGUGAGCAGGAGGACAACCUUCUUAACCACUAGGCCAGCCUGCACGAGCGUAGGGGACACUGCCUUCAAGAACACUGGACCCAACUCUUCUCUGUGGAUUAAUGAACACUGGUCAUAGCCCAUAUGUCUCGCCCGCUGACUACGAGGCUGGAUGGGAGCUACUGACGAGACUGUGACAAAAGAUUUGGAACUGUUGUUUCUACUAAUGUUUUCUAUUCCGACCAUAUCUCUAAACUCAGGUGUAGAAAAGGAGGUACUGUGAGGCUGUCGUGCUAACCCAGCAAACUCAGAGACCCCUUGCAAUUGCCUUGGUUUCCUUUGUGAAUGUAAGAAUGAAUGUGUAGAUAAGUGCAGCACAGUAGUUGCAUGUGACAGGACAAACAACGUCGACCAUCCAUUUAAAGAAUGAACCGCCCAGCCGAGCUAUAAUGUCCAUUUGCACCCACAACUCUGACAAUAAUUCUCUACAUCUGGAGUUACACACAGUAUAUGCAUCAUUCAAAGCUGCCUUCAUCGAUAAGAAUGUCUCGACUAACAGAGAGAGAGACUGGUAAGGAUGGUGCUCCAUGUAUCAGACUGUACCCGAUUAUGCACUAUGAACUUUGCUAGUCCUGACAUCCAGAAACUGAGUGGCCUUGGAUAGUCAUAUUUUAGUCAAUGGCUCCUAACACAUGUAUAAGUAAAGUAAAUACAUAUAUAUAAAUAUAUUAAUUGCAGCCCUUCACCAGAGACGCCUCAGAUGAGGAUAAUCUAAAUUACUCACACAGCAACAUGGCGGUAUCUGCACACAUGCUUAAAGUAAACACACACUCAGCAGGUGAGCCCUGGAUUCUGCCUUUCCGCUGCCGAUCCUGUUCAGUUUUUUGGCAUGAAUUUAUUGUUGUGGUUUGCGGAGGGGCGGAGCUGUAUGUCAUUCUAUGACAAACACCUCUCAUGAUGACGCGCUCCAACCUCGGCAGCACUGCCAACCAUAACACCAAAAACUGGAGUGCAGUUUAAUCCAAAACUCUCAGAUGAUGUCAAUCAAUACUGUUCUUACGGUGGUAAAGACAGAAUUUAUGGCGGAGCCGUUACAGAAUUGAUGGUGCAGGUGGAGUUAAUGGUGUCUCUUGAGCGCAAACCUUCCCGUUUGUAUUUUUCCCAGAGUGAAAUUACAUUCCGCCUGCUUGUUUGUUGCUUGUAAUAAUUGGUGGCCCUGCCACAUGUGCGUGGUUGCUUCUUUGAGUGCUUCCUUUCUCCCCUGUCAAUGCCAAGUGUUUCCUCAGGGUUUACAGUUUCUAUAUAUACGGGUAUUGUUCUGACUUAUUUGAAGGAGUAAUGGCAUUGGGGGGAAAUACGACUGCAGCUGUGGCAAAUCAACUCCCAUGAAGAAGCUGUUAAGGAUCUUUUAAUUGGAUUAGCACACUGCCGGCCUGACUUUGAUGGCAUCAGUGUAAAGCCAGUUGGUUCUCACGUGUUUCCUACAUUCCUCUUAUUUUGAUGACAACAUUUUUGCCAUCAAAAUUGUAUUUUUCCCUCCCUUUUACCUUCUGAUAACACUGUUUUCACACUGCUGGUGUAAUUUCUGGAGGCUUUGUGUUGUGUGUGAGCCCCUCUAGUGCAGUUUAGCAAAAACAAAAAAAAGAUAAACAGAAUCUACCUCAGCAAGCCAUUCUGUGGCUUCCACAAAGCCCCUCCACUCGGCUCCCUUGCUCUGCCAGACUCCUGUGGGUAAACAUUUUAUGACCAGCUGAACACUUUAGCACCACCUUUGAGUUUCUGAAUGACAGAACUGAGCGUGGCCUCAACAAUACUCUCUACGACUGUCAGUUUUCAGUGCACAAGGCACGAAACUGACUGACCGCUUAGAGGAGAAGCGAAUAUUUAGGGGUUGGUUUCGAUGUUUUAAUGUUAGAAGCAUUGAUGGACAAUAUAUACUUCAUACUUUUGUAGCGGGACUCCUAAGUUGACCCCAUGAAUUGUGCAGAUUGCGUGAGUUCCUGCAGUCUGCAGGAAUACAGUUUACAAUCUGUAAAAGGCAGCAGAGUUUGGCAGCAUCAUAAAGUCCUCAUGACAGAUACUAAGGGCAUUGUUAGGAAGAAUUUGAGAAGUGAAAGUGGAGUCGAUAUAAAGUUGGAGCUGUGAGACUAUUUUGUAAAUUUGUCACACAUGGCUUGUCUUGUUGUUUUGUUGAAAUAGGGAACUGUCUCAAUAUUUAGUGAGCCUAUUAGAACCACUAAAUUCAUUGGUGUGUUCAUUUGUGCCGUGUUAUGUAUGAAGGACAGGGCUGUUUUGAAAGUGUAAGGUUGUGAUAUUGUCCCUUGUUGUACAUACGUGUGUGCGCGUGCGUGUGUGUGUGUUUGUGGUGUGCAGAAUGGACACGAGAUGAUUUGAAGUGGGUUCAACUCUCACUUUUCGUCUGCUGUCAUCUCUCUGCACUAGUGACAAACAUUUAGGCGUGAUUAAAUGUGAAUCAUAUUUAUUUGUUCUUUCAAGAAUUUUUGUACAUUUUUGGACUUGUUUUAAUAUAAAUUUGGUGUUUCUUUUAUUCCUCCUGGAUGUUUUUGGUGUGUUUAAGCAGUUGACUUUUACUUCAGUAUAGUGGUGCCACUGAAAAGAGAAGACCCUGCUACUUUCAUUUUUAAGUGACGUUUACAAGUUCUUAUCUGACUGAUAUAGAUUAUUUUGGAAAUGGAACUGAGUAUUUUCUAUACUGUACAUUUCUUAGAAAUAAAUGACUUUUUCUGAAACAAAG